GCUUCUUUCAGGAGAGAAACGGCAGCGGCCAGAAAGUUGACGCAGUUAUGAGGCGAGGCGGCGCGCGGCGGCACGACUUCGGGACCUCUGUCCUAAACCGAGAGACCGACCCCUGAAUCGAGUCAGGCCGAGCCCGGGUAUCCUAACUCGGCCCCGUCACGAACAGAACCGAACUCGGCAACCGCGUUUCUCGGCUCUUUUCGGCGGUCUCCGUCCAGGCAGCGGAGUCACUCGGAGCAGCUCGAGCCGCGCUGCUGUUUGUCUGCGCCGGUCUUUUACGGAACACAGGACUCCGCUCGGGACCGAUGACGGAGCUCGCCACGUGUCUGGUGUCCGGUGGCGGCGAGGAGGACGCGGCGGCGGCGGACAAGGAGAGCCAGGAGAGCCGCACGCUGCUGAUGGUCGCGCGGAUCCUGCUGGAGCUCAACCGGUGCGGCGCGGGCACGGCGGAGCCUAAGCGCGUGCUCCACUCGGGCUCACAGCCGGAGUCAGGCACGCGCUCCCGCUCGCGCUCCCGCUGAAAAGCGGCACCGCUGCCGCAGGUGGGCUGCGGGAAAGUCUACGGCAAGUCCUCCCACCUGAAGGCACACCUGCGCGUGCAUACAGGCGAGAGACCGUUCCAGUGCACCUGGCCCGACUGUGACAAGAAGUUCUCUCGCUCGGACGAGCUGACGCGUCACUUCCGCACGCACACGGGCGAGAAGCGCUUCUCCUGCCCGCUCUGCACCAAGUGCUUCAUGAGGAGCGACCACCUGAGCAAACACGCCCGGCGGCACGACGGCUUCCACCCCGCCAUGCUCCGCAACCCGCACGGGAGGAGGCGGCACUCGUCCACCUCCACCUCGUCCUCCGGCUCCGGGGACGCCGAGGGCAUUUGAGCGGCGCCGAAACUUCACCCACACCGUCUGAUCUCCAAAUCAUCAUCCUCACAGAACACUAAGUGUGUAUGACGUCUAUGUCACAGGGUCUUCAAUGUACAGUCGCACAGACGGCGGCUGCCGCUAGUUUGAGCUAGCAGGCCAGCCAUCUCGCUCAGACUUCAACGUACCAGAAAGAAACUCACUUGCACAUUUAAUUAGCAGCACAAAUAUGUAAAUAUGGUUACUUGAACGUCAGCUAUAAUGAUUCAGUGGUAGCUGUGGCGAUGCUAAUAGUGGGGAUGGUUUCUUGCUGUUUAAAGGAAAAUCGCAAAAAACGCUUUUUGAAGUUUCAGAAAUGAUGUUUGUUAGUGAAAGGCUACUUCUAAUGGAAGAUGAGCAAGAAAUGACCUCCCAUAGACUACAUUCUACGUGGAACACAAGCUAAAUAUGGUCAUUUUGGGCAAAGAGCCAUUUAAUGCUAAACUUAAUUAUAGGGAAAUGCGUUCAAAUAAGCUUUCAUUAGUAACCAGCCAACGUGAGAAAGACACAUUGCUAGACUUGUGGUAGUACACGAACACUUGAGUGCAGCUAAUAUCAAAGUGGAAGCCUUUGGGAGGCGACAUAACACCAUUUUUAAAACAAUUUUCCUUUACUCAGGAUUCCAAUAACGUUCCAAAUUUUCUGCAUAAUUAAGUGGUUAAGAUGUAAACAGCCACUAAGAGUGGCUUGAUGUGAAAUGCACCGUUCUGACAUUCACAGUGGUGGUGAUAGGAACCAGACUUCUGAAACAGUUGUUAC